AUGGGAAACACCAUUUCUUACACAGCCACAGGUUGCGAAGUCGACCUCCCCGACCGAGGAAGUAUAAAGGGCCUACAGUUCGAUAGCAAGUCACGCAGAUUUGCAGGCAUUCCUUAUGCGCAACCUCCCACUGGAGACCUGCGAUGGCGGAAGCCCCAGCCUCUUCCCGACACCUACAAGUACUCAUCUGACGGAGCUACCCCAUACGACGCUACAAUAUUUGGACCCGUUUGCCCCCAGCCAAAUUACUCGAAGGCGGUCAGCGAGCACACUCCCAAGCAUGACUACGAUGAGGACUGCCUUCGGUUAAAUAUUUGGACUCCUGUUCCUGACCUCCAAAAUCCAAAGAAAAAAUGGCCUGUCAUGAUCUGGUUCCACGGUGGAUGGUUCCAGGUCGGAGAUCCUAGCCAGGAAACCAGCAUGGACCCAACGGAACUGAUCUCAACUGGCAAACUUGAGGCUGUUUUUGUUGCAGUGGGAUACCGGCUUAACGUCUUUGGGUUUUUGGCCUGUCAAUCUCUCCUCGAAGAGUCCGAGGGGUCAUCGACAGGAAACUACGGACUGUGGGAUCAGCGGCUCGCGAUUGAUUGGAUCCAUAAGCACAUCGAGGCCUUUGGGGGAGACUCGAGCAAUAUUCACUUGGCAGGGCGUAGCGCAGGUGCCUAUUCAGUUCUCGCCCAGGCCCUGUAUGAUUUCCGCUCUGCAGGGAGUGAUCAUUUUCGAUCCAUGGUCAUGUACUCUAAUGCGAUUCCAACACAACCAAAGACGCCUGAGGAAUGUGAAUCCCAAUUUGACGAACUAUGCGCAUACUUUGGUGCGGCACCGACGUUAAGUGGAGCCGAAAAACUUCAAUUCCUACGCGGAAUAAGUGCCAGAGACUUGUGUACCGGCAUCAUGAAUCUUCCAAACCACACCUUUCGUCCUGUCACAGAUGGUUUGUUUAUUAAACCAGGAAUAUUUGAUUACUACAGAGAUGGCUCCUUUGCGCGAGAGUUCAAGCAACGCAACCUGCGCAUUUUCAUCGGCGAGGUUCUCAAUGAAGAGACCUUAUACGCGGCCACAAAUUGCCCAGACGCGAAUUGGGAAUCCCUCCAGCAGCAACUCGCAAACUACUACCCCCUUUCGACAACGAAACGUCUGCUUCAACAUUAUCAACUCCCAAAGUCAGAUAACAAGCAAGACUGGGCUGACCUGUUUGGAAAGAUCGUCUCCGAUGGUCAGGUCCGAGCUCCAUCACGGUACCUAGUCAAGAUUCUCGUGGACCAUGGCGUUAGUAUGAAAAAUAUCUGGCGCUACAUGAUCGCGUACCGACUAUCGUUCAUAACGGAGAAGAUUGCCCCGGCUUCGUUUGGGGUAACCCACGCUAUGGAUCGGCCUAUUUGGAACUACUCGCUCACACACGGCCCCACUACUGAGGAGCGUGAAUUGAUGUCAGACUGGAUACAGGAUCUCUGUGCCUUUAUUCAUGGUAUAGACGGGUACUCUUACGGUACUUCUUCUCCGCAACAAUAUAAGGUCAUGACCGGGGAAGGGAAAAUUGCUAUUCAGAAUGAUUCGAAAUGGGAUAAGCUAAUAGGGGUUAUGGACCUAUUUUCAGGAAAAUAG